AAGGGAACAGCGACAGCGAGUGAAGGCGCUGAAGGGAGAGGAAGCAGGAGAAGGAAAUGGAGGUAACAGCAGAACAACUGAAGCAAUUCGACGGCUCAGAUCCAUCCAAGCCCAUAUAUGUGGCGGUCAAGGGUCGCAUCUUCGAUGUCACCACCGGCAAGUCCUUCUACGGUCCCGGCGGCUCCUACUGCAUGUUCGCCGGCAAAGACGCCAGCCGAGCUCUCGCCAAGAUGAGCAAGAACGAGGAAGACAUCUCUCCUUCUCUCGACGGCCUCUCUGAAAAGGAGAUGGGCGUCCUGAAUGACUGGGAAAACAAGUUCCAAGCUAAGUACCCUGUUGUCGGCCGUGUCAUCUAGUCUCAUCUCUCUCCUCUCUCUCUUUCUCAUGCGUUAUAUUUUGUUGAGUUGGGUUCUUUGGGUGUUGUUUGCUUGUGGGUACCUGUAAUUCUGAUGGAAUAUCGAAUGUUCUGUUAGCACUUUUGAGGCUCUGGGGGCUUGGGUCGGAAGGGUGGUUGUGUAUUUGGCUUUGUGGUGCAAAGUGAAUAAAUGGGUCUUUUAUUAAUCUUGGUUUUAUGCUUU